ACGGACAUUGGAAUUUUUCAAAAACGAUUUUGUUAAAUUUCUAUUGUACGUUGUUGAAGUUUUAUUUUGAAAUUAUAGAAAUUUUGUAUUUGCUUUUUAAGCAAAUAUCCAACAUAGAACAAACUAAGAUGAGUGUGUGUGAACAACCGGUUAAUUUCCAGGUCGAAAAUAACAAUGACACUAACAUAGAUACAUCAGUUAAUGGGAUUCUUCGUAUUGCUGCGAGUCCGUUGAAUAUAAAAACCCAAAUUGCCAAAAUGAGUUAUAACAGUGGCAAUAAAACACUCAAAAAACGAUGUUUAAAUAAACAAACUUCUUGCUUAAAUGAAGAAGACAAUUCGACAGGACCAGAAUUGAAGACAUUAAAUAAAACGGAUCCAUUGGCGACUGAAGAGAACGAAAAGGAGGAGCAGGAAGAAAAACAGAAGGGUCUUGAUACUUAUUUAACCGAAAAUACGUACAAGCCUAUCCAAAAAAUCAUAUUGGCAGAAAAUGAUAAACAUAUUUCCGAUAAGAACAGAAAUGUUUCGGGUGAAACAGUCCCAAUGUUUCGAAGAAGUAAAACGGAAAUAAUUGAAAAUAAAUUGGGCUCACAAUCAGAACGCCGACAACUAAAGAGGGAAGGUGCUAAAAUAAGAUCAAAGUCGUGUCGUCUUCCUGAAACAAAAUCAGAUGACCUACUGCCGUCGGUUACUGAAAACAAGAAGAGAAAAUCAUAUAAUGUAGAGGAAACUCGGAAGUUUUUGGAAGAUCAAAAACGCCGAAGACGAUCACAUAUACCCACUUCCACACUAAAACUGGACACUGGAAAAACAAAUAUUGAGAAAGAACAGAUCAAAAAGAGGCUAGAAGAACUCCGUAAAAACUCCAGAGCUAUAAUUGCUAAAAAUGUUAAUAGAAAAAAAUGCCCAGUUAUUUCACAAAUUAAUAUUAAAAAUGGGGGGAAAAAGAGUACGGGAGAUAAAGCGAAGACUGAACACAGUUUAAGGAAAGAUAAGCUCUCAAGUAACUGUGAACUGAGUAAAAAAACCUCAGAAACCGUUGAUGACUGCUCUGAUUUACUUAAGGGUUUAAAGUCUCUGUGUACAGCUAAAAUCCAUAAUGAACCAGAACAACAACUUCCAAUAAAAGUAUCACAAAUGCAUAAAGAAAAAACUAAAGUGAAAUCUCCGAACUCUCCAUAUUUGCUUAAUAAGCGGAUUGGCUUAUUAAGAAAACAGGAAACUAAAGACCACUCCUUUAGUGCCAUUAGAGAAUUUAGUUUUGAUAAGGAUAAUAUUGCCUUGGAAAUGAUGACUCCUAAGUUGCGCGAAUCUGUACCUCUAAAUCCAAAAACAGUUUCCAAUAGUACAGAUCUUGACGCACGUCGAAAUGAUUUUCCAGAUAAAACAAAGGAAUCUAUGACGAUAGUAAACGAAUCAAAAUUGAAGUGCUUACUAACUGAUGAGAUCUCCAAAGAGAAUAAUAUUAGUUCUAUGAAAGAGAGUGGCACAAAACCUCAUAUUAAGAUGGAUAAUAAAGUCAAUACUAUUCCUGAAAAAGAUCUUCCUUACUGGCUUAAACCCAGCACAGUCCAGAUUUAUCCAUACAACUUCAUAAUGGCCGUAAGGCGUAAACUUGAAGCCUUAGCAGAUGUUAGAACACAGCCUACCGGAUUUGAUAUGGAGCCUAAAAGCUGUUUCGCUACUAAAGACUUGUCACUUAAAAACAAAGCAAAAGGCGAAAUUAUUCUUUCUAAAGGGACUGAUAGUGCACGUUCAGAAGAAUCAUUACUAACUCAUAAUGUAAUCCCAUUUGAGCAAAAAAAUUCAAAUUCUAAAGAAAGUUGUAUGAAUUCUCAUUCUGAAAUUCAUUCUAACCUUAGCUCAAUAUCAAUAAAGCUUCGUUCUGAAAGUACUGUUUCGGAAUCCGUUUUAAAGGACCCAAAAAGUAUUCCAUUAACAUAUGCAAAGUCAAAAGUAUUUGAAGCAACAUCAGAAGAUGAUACAACAAUUUCCAGCUCAAUUUUUAAUAGCGCUGACAGAAAUAUUCACGACAAAAACAACAUUGAUAGCAGCCGAAAAGAAGAACUACAAGGAACCAUUAGUCCUCUAUCUCUAGAGCGUGUAGAAAAUUUAACUAUCAUGUCAAACAAAAAACUUAAAACAGCAAUUGCAAUAAGGCAUGUUAAUACGAAUAGGGGAGAUACACCAACAAAUAAUAAAGAAGACACAGCUGAUAUUGAUUUCAACCGACUUCUUCAUGAUUUUAAUAACAGUUUAUCACAAGUAAUUGAAGUAAAUGAUCGAUUAAAAGCAACUAUUAAUAAGUCACAAGAAAUUUGCGGGUCAAUACCUACUGAUAGUUGCAAUUCGAAACAAUCUGAUCAGUAUACAGCGGAUUUUGAGAAAAAUUGUAGUGAUCAGUCCCUUAUUUCUCCAUGUGGAAAUAACGACAUAAAACCACAUAAGGAUCAUAUCAAAGACGCAUUUGAUGACCAAAAGAAAUAUGAUUAUAGUAAAUUAGAAAGUGUAGCACUUGGUUCAAAAGAUAGUGAUGACAGUCCUUCUAAAGCCUCAAACCCAAAUAGUAAAUCUUAUACUAAUUCUAGUUUAAGCUCACGGAAUUCUAAUGGACAGUAUGAAAUACUGUCUCUAUCUAAAGAAGAUCUGGACAAACGCUUACAUAAAAUAAGAAACAUUAAAGAAAAAUAUAAACAAAUCAUUAUAAACUUGCAAAAAAAUCGUAACAAAGACGAAUCCCUAAAGCAAUAUUUAACCCCAGCCAAUAUUUCAGAGCGAAAGGAAAAUGAAAUUUUAUCUAAAAAGAUGGAAGAUGAAGAGAAGAAAACAAACAGCGAAAUUAAAGUACAGUGUGAAACUCUUAACCCAUCAUAUUUCAUAUCAUGCCAUAAAAGUCCUGACACCCCCAUAAGAAACCAAAUAAAAGCCAACCAGCAACAUUUUGCAUCCAAAAAUAUAAGUACAAGCCGUAAAAUUUUGGAAAUGUUUGAUCAUACCCAUUUGGAGAUAUCAAUGGGUUCAACAAACAACGACAGUUUAUCUGAUUCUACCUGCAGUUACUCAAAUCUGGGCGUGUAUGAAAAAUUAAUAAGAAACGAAACGAUUAAAUCGGAACACUUGACUGCUUUACUAAAAAUGAGGGAAAAGGCUUUAUUUGAUCGAACAAAAGGGCAAAUAGCGUGGUUAGAAGUGCAGAAAGAACGCUGCAAGUCAAAAGGUUUACUUCUUCAAAUUGCUACAAUCAAGAAGAAGCAACGUGGAAUAUUGCUAAAAAUGGAGAAGGAACGUGAUGCAAUCAAAAGGUUACUGCAAUCAACUACCACGACCAACUCAACAGAGUCGACAUCGACCCGUGAGGUAAAAGAAUUGGUGUCCCCGCUCAGAAAAUCAAAAAAAAGUGGGGUUCCUCAACAAGCGAAUUCAAAACAUUCUCAUAAAUUUGGGCAAGCAUGUCAUAAAGACAAAAUUCUUUUUUCCAAAUCAGCAACUGUGGAUGAACAUUCUAAGAGGACACAAAGCAGUGGGCAUGAGCUAUUUAACGUGAAAAAUUCCCGAUCUAAUCCUGUGGUUCGUGCAAAUUACGAUCUUGAAUCAUCACGUUCUCUUGAAGACCUUUUACGAAAACGCGAAAUAGAUUUACAGCGUCGCCGAGGGCAUGUUGAGCGAUUAAUGCAAUGGCACCGUUGCCUCGAUCAGGAAGAAGCUGAGGUACUGCAAAUGGAGAACCAACUUCUUACAUACAGCAGUAGAGUUCAAUCAAAAAUAGAGAAGGUGUCUCAGAAUCAUGCAAGCGUGGUUAAUGUUAAGAAUCAUUGCGCUCACACAAAAGUUCAACGUCGAUUAAAGGAAAUCGAAAAUAGUUUAAAACAAUUGAAUAACAUUUCAAGUACGUCGACUGGAAGUAACGAAAUUAGUAGGAAAAAUAAUGGUAUUGAGUGUGUUCAUACCACUGGUAGUAAGUUAAAUAAAUUGUGGCGGCGUCUAACAUCGCAGCACUGCGAGAAAUAUGAGCCGAAUAAAUACUACAACUUAUCGAAGUCUGAUUUGGAAGCACUAUAUGAAGCGGCGAAGGUAGCAGUGCUGCAAGAUUUUACCCAUAAUGAAGGUAGUCUAGCUGCGGAUCUUCUAGAGAAAAGCAUAUUAAAUAAUAAUGACGAAUCAUCAACUUCCUUACAACAAAAAGAGCAAGUUUCCAUUCCGUCAUUGAAUUUGGGCACCAGCUCGGAAUCCCCAUCCGAUAGAGAAGUGUUGUGCGAGGAAACUUCUGCCCACUCUGUAUUAACCAGCAAAUACAGUCCGAGCAGCGCAAUUGCAAAGUUUGAUCAGUUUCCAGAAAAUUCGGCUACUGGAUCAGUCUGCUCCACAGAAGCACAGUUGUCGUCCGAAGGGAAUACGUUACUAAAAGACAGCACCUUGGCAUUAAAUACCGAUGCAAUCAUGAGAAGCUCGAAUACUAAUUCAUGCCAAUUCUUUGGUUUAGCUCGUAGCCUUUCAGAUACUGUUUUGUAUAAUAAACAUCGUUCGCUGCAAACGAACGAAAAGGCUACGGUGAAUGAUGAUAUAUGCAAAUCACAAGAAGAUACAAACUCAAAUAUAUCUAAUAUCGCAAAUGCUGUAGAGCCCAAAGAAUUAUCACCGCUUUAUUUAGAUGUAAAUAGUAUAGGACAAAACCCUCGAAAUAACUCUAAAGGAAUUGAAGAAGAUGUGGAGCUGAAGGAGGAAGUAUUUUUCGAGACCAACCUGCAACCGGAAAUUAAUGAAAAGUUUAUAAUCUCUUCCGAGGAGCAGAUGUUCCAGAGAUCGUCGCAACCUAACUCGACACGUCUUCCUUUUAUCAGUUCUAAAUUCAAUGAUAUGGAGUGUAAAACAUCCUCAUCUAUGGAUAAAUUAGAAAAUGCCGAUUUUAACUCAACCGCUGACAUUAACGACUCAAAUCAAGAAGAAUCUUCCAGCGACCAAAACUCAUUUAACUCGAAAACGUAUAUUUGUAAAGAAAAAUCGAUGGAAGCUGAUGGAAUUUCAAAUGAAAAUAGUACUUCAAUUGUAUAUGAAGAUGAUUUUGAAAAUAAUAGCGAGUUAACACAGUUAAAUGACGUAUCAUUUCCUUUUUUUGAGAGUACAGUUGAUCUAUCGGUACAGGAUGCUAAUGAUGAGAAAAACAAACAAAACACCGAUAGUGAAAAUAGAUCUGAAAAUACAAAUGUAAAUAAUGAAGUGCCAAUUUUAUCCGACGCAUCGGAAGUGCUUGAAAAAUCACAAAUCCAACAGCCUAAUUUGGAAAUUGUAUCAAUUCCACCACCACCGCCACCUGCCUCAGACAAUGCACAUUUACCAACACAGCAGAUAAGUAAUGGAAGCGUAUCUAUCACAUCAAGUGCUGUACAGCUUAUGCCCGACAUUAUAAAUGAACUGGAAAUACGUCGUUGUCAACAAAUUUUACUGGAGACCGAGCAAAUUAUACAAUUCGACAACACGUCAACUGUACCAUAUAUGUACGUUCGCGAAAUUCCAAAUAAGCCUCCACCACCAUAUGUACCCCCCGCACACGGAAGUCCUAUGACGACCAUAUUUCCAUCAGAGGAAAGAAUUAAAGAAAUAAGCUAUCGACGUACGCAUGAAUUGUAUUGCGAACUUCUAAAGACUGAAUAUGUUAGUGAGUGUGGAAAAAAAUUACCUUCGGUAAUGGAUGAAAAAAUAACUAAUAUCUACGAACGGAUAAUACUUGAUAUCUGCCGUGAAUAUUUAGACGAGCAUAGUGAAGUCCUGACGCAAGGAGACCCUGUUAAUUUUCAUACUCAAUUAGCUUUCUUUAACCCACCGAAUCGUUUACAGUGUAUUCAAGAAUCAGUAUACAAGGAAGUGCGCCGAUGCUUAGCGAUGAACAAAGCAGUAAAACGACGUACACCUGUAUAUUCUGUAUAUGGCCAAAGGGCUAAUAGCGAUCAUAUUGGCAAAAUUAUAAUACAAGAAAUGUAUGAUGAAGAUGACAAAUGGUGUAACUUCCACAGAGAGGAAAAUGAAGUAAUCGAAUUAAUUAUUUACGAGGUUGUGGGAAAAUGUAUAAGCAACAUAGCCAAGGAAGUUCUUGUUGAGGACAGUGGGAUGAUUGGAGCUGCAAAUAAAGAAGAUGAAGCUGAAAGGAAUGAAAGUAUAAGUUUAUGUUUAGAUACAACUGACCAGCCGAAUGAUAGUGAUGAAGUGCCUAUUGGUCAAGAGUUUUAAGAAAAAAUUUCACUACAGGAAUACCACGAGUACAAUAUUGGUAUUAUUACAGGUGUUCUUUAUUGUUAUUUUAGAAAUAUUUCAUAAAAUACAAUAAUAAACAGAUCCUAUUGUAAUAUUAUAUAACGUUUCAUAGAGUAUUUCUACAUGUACCAUGUGUAUCACUGCCUAAAGAGAGGAAGUGCUUUUAUUUCAUGUCUGAAGUACACUCAGAGGGCUCGACAUUCCCUGCGAAGGGGCGAUCACAAUAAGAAAAAUUUAAUUUUGGAUGUUUUAUUUAACAAUCCAAUUGUCGAACUGGAAGGAUUUGGGAAAUCUUCGAGACAUAUUUAAUGAAAAUUGUUUAUAAACAUUUCUGAUAUCCCAAAAUUCGAAAAAGAAUGUUUGACAUAAAUAAAUGUCAGUGAUUUAGCUUUUUCUUUUCACGCAUUUGGUGUGAAAAAUUGAUUUCGACGAGACAACAUCAAACUAGUGAGCUAAUUUUCAGAAAUUUAAAUUCAAUUGCCAUUAAAAUUUUAUGUUACAUGUUACUUCCUUUGAAAUUAAAUUCCAAAGUUUCUAAUUUCGACAUGUUUUCUCUCGAUGACUCCCAAGGCCGUCUUAUCGGACGUCGUCGUUGUUGUUGUUGUUGUUGUAACCGCAAAAUUAUUCCCCAAAGUACUUUUUGGGGAAUGUUGCGGGAGUGACAGUCCUUGGCCGGAUAAAAAUCCGGGUCGUUCCGGUAUAAAUACCCGAUUGCCGCGGGAACUAUUGGACUUUAAUCGCCUCUUACGACAGGCAUGCCUUACCGCGGGUAAAUUCUUGAGCCGCUAACCCGCAGGGGGAAAAUAUCGGACGUCGUCAUCGUCCACGCUUCUGUACUAUAUAGUAGGACGAGAAUGAUGAGGGACUAGUAGAGUUUAGUUUAGUUCGUCAAGAAAGAACUUUAUUUUGCAAUUGCCUACUCAGUCCAAAGUAGCAACUACGGGCAAUAGUGAAUUUGCGUUGGAUUUCAAGGCACAAAUUGUAAUUGAAGUUAAUACACGAAAUUAUCUACGACCUAGACAUCUUGUCUGUCAAACCACGUAGCUCGCUCAAGGAGGUGUAGAGGUUGGUUUAAAUGCUACCUGAAAUCACUUGACCGGGAUAGCAGUGAAAAAAAUCUGCGAAGUUUUCUUCAGAUAAAGCAAUUAUUUAAUAUUUAUAAGUUAACAGAUUGUACUUAAUAUAUCAUUUAUUAAUUAUUACUAAAUAUUUAUUAAGUCGUAUGAUAUAUCAGAAAAUGACUGAUUAUACAAAUAUAUUCAAAUAUGUAUAUAUAUUAG